CCCAGGGCCUGUGACCAAACUGUCACUCCUACCACACAGACCAGGGCUCAUCUCAAAGCCAGGUGUGGUGGGGGCUGCUGGACUCCAUGCCACAGGGGCACCUGGAGUUGGAAGGGCAGGAGUACCGUCACGCCUCGGCAGAGGACAGGGUCCUUUGCCAUGGCUGGUGUGGUGUACCCUGGACAGGCCCCUGUGGAUUUAGACAUAUACCAAAGCUCUUACAUGGUCGACUACAAACCCUACGGGAAGCAUAAAUACUCCAGGGUCACGCCGCAAGAGCAGGUGAAGCUUGACUCCCAGCUGCGGGACAGAGAGUUCUACAGGCCCGCCCCCAGCCCCAACCCCAAGCUGUCUGGUGGAUACGCUGCCUUCAAAAGACCCCACAUGACUGCCAGAGACCUGGGACUCCCUGGCUUCUUCCCAUCACAGGGCCCCGUGGCCACAGUGGAGCACGAGGACAGGUUCACCAGCACCUGCCCUCACACCUACCCGGCUUCCCACGCCCUGUACCUGGCCCAGGGUGAUCCCAACCGGCUUCACCAGAGCGCAGACUUUCCUUGCCUCCUGGAGCCCGAGCGCCAGCCUGCUUCAGAGGAGGGCACAGGCUACCUCCUCCUGCCCGGCUGCUCCUGCCCUCAUCAUCACCCAGCAGUCAAGGUGCCUGUCUUGUACCGGUGGGGGCCCUUGAUGCCGUUUUACCAGUAGGGAGGCCGUGAACACCUUCCAAGGUCACGUGGAAAUCCAUGCCCACCGCUCUGUCCCUGGAGCACAGAGAAGGAGACUGAUAAUAAAGCCGGGGAGAUGCUCAACAGCA